AUGUCUAAGCACCCUAAUAAAACUCUUAGACCACCUAUGGGUAAAAUUGUAGGUACACCGAGAUUUUUCGAGAAGCUUUAUAUAGAUUUUUUAGGACCGUAUACUAGAUCACGUUCAGGCCAUAUUGGUAUAUUCAUUGCUCUAGAUCACUUUCCUUUUUUGAAAGCAGUGAAGAAAUUUGCUGCAGAUGUCGUGAUAAAAUAUAUGGAAACUGAAUUGUUUCACACAUUUGGAGUUCCGGAAACAGUAGUCUCAGAUAACGGAUCUCAGUUUAGAUCAACGGAAUUCAAGAACUUUUUAGAUCGAUAUGGUGUUAAACAUGUGUUUACUGCUGUUCAUGCACCACAGGCCAAUGCAUCCGAAAGAGUCAACAGAUCCGUUCUUGCUGCUAUAAAAUCGUAUGUUAGGAGUGAUCAGAAGAAUUGGGAUGAACAGCUUAGUAGUAUUUCGUGUGCAUUGCGCUCUGCUGUUCAUUCGGCAGUUGGUACAUCGCCUUAUUAUCUUGCCUUUGGCCAACACAUGAUAACAAAUGGUUCAACAUACGCACUAUAA